GAGCUAUAGAGGCUGCGCAUGUGUAUCCGUUUAUUUGCAUUUCAGAGAAGAAAUGCAAUAAAUAUUGUUGAUUCUGUGGAUUAAGAGCAUUAAUCUAUCUGAAAAUGUCCAAACUGCAGCUGUUGAAUUCGUUUCUCACCGAACGAUUAACUGCAGCGGCUGUUGAGAUAUUUGGGGCAGUGGAAAAAACGAUAACGGAGUACCAGGAAGAAAUCUCCCGUUCAAAGGAGGAGAUCGAUCGUCUACGAAGGCAACUGCACAUCGUUACCCAACCGAAGAUAAAGUUACAUAAAGCAGAUACCCAGCAGCUCAUUCUCCCUGUCCCUGAGGAGGUUCCCCUUGAGCAGCAGCACUGUGAGCAGGAGUGGACCCCUGGUCUGGUGCAGGAGGACUCAGACCCCACACAGAUUAAAGAAGAACAGGAAGAACUCAGGACCAAUCAGGAGGAAGAGCAGCUUCAGGGGCUGGAGUCUGAUACCAACAUUCUAACAUGUUCUCCUCCCUUUGUGAAAAGUGACUGUGAUCAGGAUGAACCACAUAAGUCCUCCCAACUUUACCACAUACAAACUGUAGAGAACAGAGAGAGGGACUCACUACCUACCAGCACAAUUGAAGAGAUCAAAAUAGAACCAGAUGAAGAGGAUUACAGAGUAUCAGAACCAACCAGUGACUCUCAAACCCUCUCUGUAGUAACCCCUUACAGCUCCGUGAGCACAUUAAAUAUGAAUCAGCUAAUUGGCAAUGCAGAAUCAGACAAACCAUUUCAGUGCAAUGUAUGUGGCAAAUUCCUCAAGAGGGAAAAAAGUCUUAUCGUGCACAUGAUGGGUCAUGCAGGAGAGAAACCAUUUACAUGUCCUUUAUGUAACAAAGGCUUUGUUGCGGUAGGCACUUUAAAGACACACCUGAAACUUCACACAGGGGAAAGGCCACACCGUUGCCAUGUUUGUGGAAGAUGCUUUAAACUGAAAGGAGCCCUGACGGAGCACAUGAGGAUACACACUGGGGAGAAACCAUUUAGCUGUCAUGAUUGUGGCAAAUGCUUCAGUCGUACAAAUGCCCUUACGAAUCACAUGCUGCACAUUCACAAGAAGAAAAGAACGUACAAGUGACCUGCGGAGAAAGAGUCUGUCUGAAAAGUAGCCUUCUAUCUACAUGGCACACUUAAGUAAUGCCCUUUUAAUUUAAUAAAAUAUGAGUCAAUAUUUGAAGGAAUAAAUGAAUUGACCAUUUACUAAACAACAGGUGUUCUCAUUUUAUGAAGCUAUAGAUAGUUAGGAGCCUCUGUCAUCCAUCUAUUAUUCAAACAAAAUGAUUGAAGACCAACAUACAUGUUCAAGUCUACUAAUGUUAUUUAUUGAAAAAAAUAGUCUGUGGGUCUAAAAAAAAUCCCAUUUUACAUUGGAAUAACAAAACCCAAGUGAUAAGAGGUUUUUGCAUGUGCCAAUCUUGAAUAGAUGUCACUAAUCCACUGCAAGAGGAUGUUUUUCCUCGCUGCGGAGGUAGGAAUGUCGUACAGCCUUCUUUGACGCGCAGAAGUAACAUGCUUACUAGGGAGAACUAACAGCAAAGAAAUUGAGUUUCAUUCUAGGUCGACCCAUGGAAUUUCUUGAAGUACCUUUAGACCAGUGCCUUUGUAAUUUGGAACAUGGCCAUAAGAAAUGUGUAAGGGUGCAUGUAUCAGUUUUACAUUUAAGAUACUGAGGAGAGGAGAAAGGGUUAAAAGCAUGUCUGCGAUUUGGAGAUAUAUGCAAUGUGUGUAUUAUUCAUAAUUGGAUUGCUCUAAUGCGAUUACAGAUAGAUAUUGUUUUUGCAUAUCUCCAAAUGUCCUCCCACAUCUCCUCAACAAUAGUAACAGACAGUUCAUUCUCCCACACUAGUUUGACCCCCUGUGUGUCUACA